GAAAGUGGGCGGGGCGCGCGCCUACGCGCGUGAGCGAGGGGGGCCGUCGGCCCCGGGAAGGAAGCUGGGGCCGAGUGCGGAAGCUGCAGGCUGCUACCAUGAGGCUGAAUCAGAACAUCUUGCUGCUGGGGAAGAAGGUGGUGCUGGUCCCCUACACCUCAGAGCAUGUGCCUAGGUACCACGAGUGGAUGAAAUCAGAGGAGCUGCGGCGUUUGACGGCCUCGGAGCCGCUGACCCUGGAGCAGGAGUACGCGAUGCAGCGCAGCUGGCGGGAAGACGCGGAUAAAUGUACCUUCAUUGUGCUGGAUGCAGAGAAGUGGCAGGCCCAGUCGGGCACCAGCGAAGAGAGCUGCAUGGUGGGAGAUGUGAACCUGUUCCUCACGGAUCUCGGGGACCCCUCCUUGGGGGAGAUCGAGGUCAUGAUUGCAGAGCCCAGCUGCAGGGGCCAGGGCCUGGGCACGGAGGCCGUCCUUAUGAUGAUGCUUUACGGAGUGACCAGGCUAGGUCUGACCAAGUUUGAGGCUAAAAUUGGGCAAGGAAAUGAACCGAGCAUCCGGAUGUUCCGAAAGCUUCACUUUGAACAGGUGGCUGUGAGCAGUGUCUUCCAGGAGGUGACGCUCAGACUGAUGAUGAGUGAGCCGGAGCGACAGUGGCUUCUAGAGCAGACCAGCUACGUGCAAGAAAAGCCCUACAGAGAGGGGGCGUCGGAGCCCUGCUGACAGCCGCUGUGUGGAAGGCCUCCCCGUGAUGAUGGGCAUGGAAGCCUGGAGCUCUGGUGACAGCCGCUGUGUGGACAGGCCUCCCCAUGCGGAUGGGCGUGGAAGCCUGGAGCUCUGCUGACAGCUGCCGUGAGGACAGGCCUCCCCGUGCGGAUGGGCGUGGAAGCCCGGAGCCCUGCUGCAGGUGAAUGGAUGGAGCCUGGGGUGCAGGGUGCGCUGGCCCCACUCCAGGCUGGGAAUCUCCUUGUGGGGCCCUUCAGACUCUGGGCUGGACUCGGCCUCGGCCUGCCUCUGGCUGGCUGCUGUGGCUGGGCUAUUCCAGGGUCAGCCCGUCCUGCCAAACCUGGACUCAGACUGUUGUGGAUGGCCCGAGUCCACAGGCGGAGGAGGCAGGUAGAGGCGGCCUUGGGGACCAGAGGGUCCUACGACCUGGCAGGGCCUCCCUUUUCCCUGGAGGGGCCGCCCAGGUUCCGGCCGGAAGUAAAGCGCACUGCAUCCAGCUGGCCCUGUUCCCUCACUGGGCUGACGGUGUGGGGGUUUGGUGCUCAGUCAUUCUGCAGAAGCAGGAGGGUGUGACCCCGGGAGGUUUGGAACGGAAGGAGGGAAAGUGGUGGGUGUCCUGGUCUUUGGAGCCAGUUUUGAGGGUGGAGUAAGUUAGUUCUGGACACAGCUCCACGUGGCUGGAGCACCCCCCGCCGGCUGCAGGAGGAAGCGGAGGCCCCCCAGGCUUUGGCCUCCUGAAGGCACUUCGCUCUCCCGGCCUCAUCCCGCGGCCCCCGGAGCAGCUCCACCUGCCGAGGCCACGAGGGGGUGCCCGCAGCACAGACCUCAGAUGGCCGGGCUGCGUGGCAACCAGCGCUUAACUGGCAGCCGGGCACCUCAGAGCCAGCGGGACAGCCUUUGACGUCUGUCUCUCAUCACGCCCUGUCGUAACCCGGUGGCAUGCUUUCAAAACACAGUUGGAGAAGAGGCCUUUGAGGGCACCUAGGGUAUUUUCAUGGAGAAGGAAAUGGCAACCCACUCCAGUAAUCUUGCCUGGGAAAUCCUAUGGACAGAGGAGCCUGGCGGGCAAAGAGUCAGACACGACUGAGGGAGGGGGCAGGCGCUUGCUAGAGGCCCCAGGGCUUUUGAUGGCAGAGCCAGCACUGUGGCUGAGGACUCCUGGCUCCCAGGCCUCUCUCAGCAGAUAGGAGCGCGGAAAACUAGAGCCUAGAAUACGCCUGAGGGCUUUCCUGCCAAAGCAGGGGACAUGGGUUCCACCCCUGAUCUGGGAAGACCGCACGUGGCAGAGCAGCUGAGCCCAUGCAUCACAGCCACUGGGCCGGGGCUCUCGAGCCCGGGAGCUGAAGUACUGAGGUCUGUGGGCACUGGAGCCUGUGCUCCCCAACGAGAGGAGCCACCGUGGUGAGAAGCUCAUGCCCCCCUAAAGAGCAGCCCCUGCUUGCCAAAGCUAGAGAAAAGGCCCCGUCGCAUGAAGACCCUGCACAACCAUAAAUAAAAUCAUUAAAGAAACA